AUGCAGCCGCGACUCCCCCACCCGCCGCCACCGCCGCCUCCUUUCUCCUCAGGCCCGCGGCGCCCGGGCGGCCGGCAGCGGCCCACGGCCCCCGGCAGCGCCGCGCCUCGCCAUGGUUGGCGCCGACUCCCGCCCGCCUGUCCCCGGGGCUGGAUCCCCGCCGGCUCCGCGCUAGGGAGAGCCGGCGCGGGGGGGGAGGCCACCGGGGAGACCGCCGGCCGCUCCGCCCGCCUGCCCGGCCCGCCCGCCUCCUGCCCUCCGCCCCGCCGCGCAAAGGGCAGCCGCUGCCGGAGCGCCGGGCGCCACGCCGCCGCCCGGGCUCAUGCCACUCCCGCCGGACCCGUGCUAGUCCCGCCGGGCUCCGCGCUCCCCCGCGCGGCACCGGGCUCGCAGGCGUCCGCGUACAAAACCCCGUGCACGGCAGGGACCCGGCCCCCUCCCGCUCCGCCUCCUUUCCUUCCGUCCGUCCGUCCGUCCUUCCUUCCUUCCUGCCUGGCGGUGGCAGUGACGGCGGAGCGCCGGGGCCGGGUGCGCAACGCUGGGCACCGCGCACCGCCGGGCUGCGGGCAGGGAGAGGAACGGGCAGGGCGGCCUUGCGGGCCGGACCUGGCCAUCGGCCCCUUCGGGCGCCGCUGCCGCCCCGGGCCAGCCACGGGCGAAUGGACACAAGCGAGGGAAGGGCGCCGGGAGAGAUGUGAAUCCCCGGGGCACCCCUGCGCAGAGCCUGCGGGGUUCACCCACGCAUCCUCCGCCGCCUUUCCCCAUCGGCGUCUGAAGAAGCGGCUCUCCCCAGGAGGGCCCAGUCAGCCACAUCGCCACAUUUAA